CGUCCGUCGGUCUGUCCCGCUGCCCAUCCGAGGGGCCACUCCACCCAGGACCCAAGAGUGGGGCUGCUGGGACCACCUUCAUCAGAAGCCCAACGCCCCAGACCCUGAGCACACACCCUUCCUGCGCGACGGAGGUUCAGGCCCGACCAGCAGCGUCGCACCGACAGCUUGGAGAUGUGGGAGCUCAGAGCCCGGCCUGCGACGCUGGCCCUUGGCAGCCCCCUGCAUCCUUGGCUCGGACCUUCCCUGCUAAGAGCCUCUGUCUGUAUGACGUCAGCGGCCAAGGUGUAUUACAGUCAGACCACUCAGACAGAAAGCCGGCCCCUGGUGGGCCCAGGGAUACGACGGCGGAGAGUCCUGACAAAAGAUGGUCGCAGCAACGUCAGGAUGGAGCACAUUGCUGACAAGCGCUUCCUCUACCUCAAGGACCUGUGGACGACCUUCAUCGACAUGCAGUGGCGCUACAAGCUUCUGCUCUUCUCCGCGACCUUUGCGGGCACCUGGUUCCUCUUUGGUGUGGUGUGGUACCUGGUAGCUGUGGCCCACGGGGACCUGCUGGAGCUGGGCCCCCCGGCCAACCACACCCCCUGCGUGGUGCAGGUGCACACACUCACCGGGGCUUUCCUCUUCUCCCUCGAGUCCCAGACCACCAUUGGCUACGGCUUCCGCUACAUCAGUGAGGAGUGCCCACUGGCCAUCGUGCUCCUCAUCGCCCAGCUGGUGCUCACCACCAUCCUGGAGAUUUUCAUCACGGGAACCUUUCUAGCGAAGAUAGCCCGGCCCAAGAAGCGGGCUGAGACCAUCCGAUUCAGCCAACAUGCGGUUGUAGCUGCCCACAAUGGGAAGCCCUGCCUUAUGAUCCGAGUCGCCAAUAUGCGUAAGAGCCUCCUCAUUGGCUGCCAGGUGACAGGCAAACUGCUGCAGACCCACCAGACCAAGGAGGGUGAGAACAUCCGGCUCAACCAGGUCAACGUGACAUUCCAAGUUGACACGGCCUCAGACAGCCCCUUCCUUAUUCUACCCCUUACCUUCUACCACGUGGUGGAUGAGACCAGUCCCUUGAAAGACCUCCCCCUGCGCAGCGGCGAGGGGGACUUCGAACUGGUGCUGAUCCUGAGUGGGACAGUGGAGUCCACCAGUGCCACCUGCCAAGUGCGCACCUCCUACCUGCCAGAGGAGAUCCUCUGGGGCUACGAGUUCACACCUGCCAUCUCACUGUCGGCCAGCGGCAAAUACAUAGCUGACUUCAGCCUUUUUGACCAAGUUGUGAAAGUGGCCCCUCCUAGUAGCCUCCGAGACAGCACCGUCCGCUACGGAGACCCUGAAAAGCUCAAGUUGGAGGAGGCAUUGAGGGAGCAGACUGAGAGGGAGGGCAGUGCCCUCAGUGUGCGUAUCAGCAACGUCUGACAGCCUGGUCUCCCACUGCCCCAGCCCUCGCUAUCUUCCUCUUUUGAACCCUGGGUGGGGAGUGUUCCCCAGGCGUACUGGAGAGCCCCAGAAGUGCCCACUCCCCGCUCCCCCUUCCGUAGCCCAGGGGCCUGUGGGUAGUCCGGGCCAACUGGAAUCUGAAUUUUCCUCCCAUUGUCCCCUUUCACCUCACCCUACUCCUACCCCAAGACACACACCUCCCUUAAGCCAGAAUGGGGAAAGGAGAGAGAAGAUUAGGCUGAAGUGGCUUAGAACGCCUCAGCCAUGCUUGGAGACUCACACUAGAAAGACCACACCGUUGGAUGCACAGACUUCCCCCCCAGCCCCCGUCCCGCGCCCACCAGAAGUUUGGUGACUUGAGGCUGCAGCCCCCUCCCUCUUUGACUUCCCACCUAGCUUUUUCCCUAAGGUGAUGCUGUCUCUGAUAGUCCCUUUGGGGUCUGUGCCCUCAGAAACAUUGGAAUCUGGAAUUAAUUUACCCUGGGUUCUCUACCAACUCCUGUUCAAAGAAGUCCGGGUUUUUCAUGGCGUGGUUAUUUUCGAUCGGUAAGAUCUGACUACCGAGGUCAUCACUGAUUUCCUCUUCCUAGUUUCUCAAGUGGGCCUCUCUUAGGAUACACAUUCUCUCACAGACGCCUCUGCUCCCAGAGAACUGGGGUUGGCCCAGGAAAUGUAAAACCUGCAGUCCCAGCCACGCCUGCACCCAUCCUGGAUUCUGAACUCCUCAGGUGGGGUGACUGAUGCAAGGCUGUUGUCCAAAAGCUUGAACCCAUCCUCCAGGCAGCCCUAAGAGGAUUGGUCUCCCUGUGUCCUGUGAAUGGGUGACCUUCACCAGUAUUUUCCCCUGGAAAACCAGCACCCACACCCCAUGGAAAGGUCUGGAAAUGGUCUUCCAGAUUACACCAUAUCUGGCUUCUCUUCUUUCCUGCCCAGCCCAGCCCACUCUUAACUCCACUAUAUUAGAGAAAGAAAGGGAAAAUAUAAGGACCUCCCUCUCAAUACUGAUGCUCAACUAAAACUAGACUAAAGGGCACAGAUUCCCCAGGACAACUCAACCAACCCCAUCCCGUUGGAUGAGUCACUUCUCAGAUUUCUAGACUGCUGUAUGGAGCCUCUGGGAAUUAGGGAUAUUUGGUUAAUGUUUGGGCAGAGACAGAACUCUGUGGCUGGCAGACCCCACUGUCCCUGUUACCCCUCCCAGUGCCCUUCUGAAAAGUGCCAGCAACGUCAUUAGACAACACUGGGAGAGAUGGAAAUUAUAUCUCCUGAUCAAAUAACCGUGCUUCCCUUAGCCAUCCCUGAGACUUGGUAUAAAAUGAGUAUCUGCCUCAUCCUUACCGUCCUCUGCCACGAGGCCAGCUGUGGGCAAGUGAAAAGGCGAACUUAAAGGGAUCAGAUCCAGGCCAUUCCUUGUUCCCUGGUGGGGACUGUGCCGGGGUUAGGAAGGGCGUAUGGGUACCAGAACUCUUCUAAAGCCCCAAAUCCCAAGAGUGAUGCCUCGUCUCAUUGAGGUACCAAGCAACCCCCCCAAACCUCCCCUCCCCAGAGUUUCUGUAUGAAUCAAGUGGCAGUUUCUUUAAGGUGGACCCAGCCACCUGUGUGCAGAGCCGUACGGAGAACCACAGAAAAUGCUGUCUGCUCACUGCGACUGCACAAGGUCCUCUUGUAUUGCUCUCUCCGUGAACUGUAUCUUGAAAACGAAGACCCUUCAUUCUCUACUUACUGUAAACCCUACCACUACUCCCUAGCUGUCAAGAAAACAAGAACCAGAAAAACUUGAAAAUGUGAAACAGAGAGUAGAAGGCAAAGAGCCAGCCUCCACCUGACUUCUUUCAAUGUGAAAGGCACAAGGUACUGCCCUGUGCAUGUCUACUUACCCAUUAGCAAGCCUUCCUUCAUCUAGUUCUUCUGCACACAGCUGCUUUCCUCCCAAGGGAGCCACUCUUUUCCCAUUUCCCCUGUUAAGCCCCUGGACACUGCUGAUUCUGGGAUAACAAAAUGAGAGCAUUUUUUGACUCACCCUUGAUUCUCCUCCAUGAUGCAGGACUUUGCUUUAAGUUGCACUUUAAAUCAUCCUGUCCUUUUAAUACAACCUGCCUUACUCUGCCGUAAGCUCCCCCACGUUCAACCCUAAAUGGCUCUAGAUUACAGCCCUGGUCUCCUCUGAGUGGAAAUCCUUUUUCAGGCUCUCGGACUAGCUUUAGGUCUGGUGAGAAACGGGUCCCCUGGGCGCACCAACUUGGUAUGUCAGGAGGAUACCAGGUGCAGAUGUGAAGGGGCUGCCAAGGAGGGCUGACGACACUCAGGGGGUGCAGAUGAGAAAGGGUGGCACUGAGGGGCCUAGUGAAAUUGAUGAAACCCUUGAGUCUUGGGCUGGCAGACAAGAGGUAGGUGGAGGCUCCGGGAAUUAGGAUAUGAUACUGUGAAGGGUUUAUCUAAGGAGAAAGAAAAAGAGAUAAUAUAUAUGUAGAGAGAUUUAUGUAGAUGUAUAUAAGACCAACUAUAUUGAAUGUACAGAAAAGAAGUAUUCAGAGAUCUUAGUGUGGGGGCAGAUAUCUUGCUCUGGUUUUGGGGUAGGGCUCCCCAGGUUUCCAGACUUGAACAACCACUGAUCCUGGUUUCAAUAAGGAAGUGAGAUACCUGAGGAAGGUUUUCAGGUUUGUUGAUGGAAGGGGGAAGGGUGGAAGCUGCCUCUUCAGAAAUAAAGAGGUAUUUGAUAAACCUUGUGCUGCUGAAGGCCCAGGAGGAGGGGAGACACAGCAGCCUUGGGGAUCUAGAAUGUGUGCUCCCAUCCCCAGCACUGUCCUGUCACGAUAGCACUUUUUUGGUUUUAAAAUAAAAGCACUCUCCUGUUUCCUUCUCUUGAAGUGCACUGAAUCUCCCCUUCUUCCACAGGGGUGGGGGCAGCUGCAGCCCCCAACCGUGGGAGGGCAUCGCUGUUAUUAAACCGAGAAGCUGAACACCUUGGUGCACGGGAGGUACUAGAGGGCAACUUCAACCCUCAACUCCAAACACAGGACGAGGGGGGGUCAGGCCCCACAAAGUCCCAAGGCAGAGGCCCAGCCCUCUAUUCAGCUGCAAGCAGCCCAAAAGAACACCUUCUAUGCCAGAAGAGUCCCAGUCCUGGCCUUUGGGUAGGGGGAAGGCGUGACGCUUUGGUUCUGAUGCUUCUGUAUAAAAAUGAGUGGGGCUACCGGCUGCCCUCGGGGAUGGUGCAGUUACAUGAGAGGCUUCUCAGAUCCCUGCUGUGUCACCUCCUUAUCCCCCUGACCACUGUCAGCUAGUAAGACCAUCCAGGGAUUUCCUUAUGAGGCCUGAGCAGAGAAGAAGCCAGCUAAGCUAUACUACUGCCACGUGGCAGGGACACUCCCUUCCCCAAGGCUGCUACGCCGGUCCUCUACUCUACCAGCUCACCUAGAUUAUCUGUACAAGGACACACUCUCUGGGCUGUGGACUUAGCAUGGGCCUCCACGCUCAGGAAUGGCCAGUCUACUGAGGCAGAACUAUGUAGGGAUGGCUUUCCCAUUCGUUGCAUUCAAGACUAAACCAGGUCCAAUUUACCUAGGGAAAAAAGUGACAUUUUUGGUUUAUUUUAUUUUUGUCUGUUCAGAACAAAUUACUAAAUAAAAUGGAUGAAUCUCUGUU